AUGACCAGACCCAAAGUUGAGGAGGAUGCCUCGGCUCUGCGCCUGGAGCUAGCAAUGGUGCGAGCUCAGCUGCGGGAUCAGACAAUUAAGUUGAUGGAAGCAUCUAGACAUUUGAGCGAGGCUGAUAUCGCCUACGAAAGCAACCGAAUAGAAAAGUGUGUCGAUCUCACAGAGGAGACCAAUGGCUCGCAAGAGGCCCAGGAAGGCCCCAGUGAUGUGGAGUCCACUCGAAGGGUCAUUUCCGCGGCUCAGACUGAUCUGAAUGAAUUAGUGAACUUGACAGAGGUAUAA